AUGAAGUUUGACUGCUCCAGCGAAGAAUAUCUGUCGUCCAUCUUCAUCAAGCAUGAUGUGCGCAGAGACCGUCUCCUUGACAAGCAGGAGUUGAUCAGCGCCAUCCAUGAAGUGUUCGAUCAGUUCCAUUAUCACAUUGUGAUCGAGAACUACGUACAAGACGACAAGACAGACUACGCAACCUUCAAGCAGAUAUGCUUCAACAUCCGAAGCUCUCAUGUCUCAUACUUUCGCAAGUACAGACUACUUGUCUGGCAAGUGUUUGAAAACCCAGGCUCCAGCUUGAUUGCGAGACUCUGGUCAACUCUUGCAACCUUUGUGAUCUUGCUGUCGACGGUCAGCUUUUGUGUCUCUACCCUACCCAACUUCUACACAGAAGCAGAGCCAGGUACCAUACUCUCUCACACUCAUCCUGCUCCUCAAGCCUGCUUGACAGGAACCCCCGGCUUCACAUACUCAGCGCACGUGUUCUCCUCGAUCGAAGAGUUCUGCAUCAGCGUCUUCACUCUCGACUAUGGGGCUCGACUUCUGUUGCAUCCUACACCACACUCCUGCUUCAUGAACGAGAGCUUGUCUCAGUACUUGCGGUCGAGGCUCAGGUUUGCCAUGGUGCCCAUGAAUGUCAUUGAUUUCCUUGCUAUCGCUCCCUUCUACAUCGAGCUUGCAGCGGCCACUUCAGGUGGGAAAGGUCUGGCCAUCAUCCGAGUGGUUCGAGUUGCUCGAAUCUUCCGGCUCCUCAAGCUGGGAAAGCACCAGAAGGGGCUGGCAGUGAUCAUGAGGACGUUCAGAAGGAGCUGGAGGUUUCUAGUCUCGAUCUCCUUCGUCAUCUUCCUCAUUCAGAUCGUGACUGCGAGUCUCAUCUUCUCCGUGGAGAACGGCGAGAUCUGCCUGAUCGAGUACAAAUGCUCAGGAGGGUCAAAUUCGUACAACAACUGCACUGCCGUCACAUUCGCCGACGGCUCCGUCGGGUGGCUGACAUCUGCGUCGGUCCACAUCAUCGGCUACAGCAACAGGUCCGCAGCAACGGACAACCGAUCCUUCGCUCCCAACGCAAGCUUCCCCGACCCAUCCGCCUGCCUGCCGGAUGGAGUCUGUACAGACGUCGGCAACCUGUGCAUCAAGAGAGACGGCACGAGGUCGCAGUUCAACUCGAUCCCCAACGCCUUGUGGUGGUCGAUGGUGACUAUGACAACCAUCGGAUUCCCUCCUUCCACUAUCUCCUGUUGUCGGCUGACGAGUUCGACCCCUGAAACUCCGCUGGGCUACUUGAUAGGAGGAGUCGCCGCCAUCCUGGGCGUUGUCGUUCUGGCCAUGCCAACGACGGUCAUCGGGACGGAGUUCUCAGAGGCGUACGCUCAGUUCAUGAAAGAGAAGAGCGGGGAGGAGGAGGAGGAGGAGAUGGAGGAUGAGCUCUUGGAGAUGGCCGAGCGGAAGGCGAAAGAUGGAGAAGGAGAUCACGAGGAGGAGGAGGAGGACACUAUUCCCAACAACAUUCCUGUCAAGCACAAGAAACGAUUCCUUGUGGAACUGAAUCUCUACCUGACAGCCCAGAAGGUUUGA